CAAGUGCUUUAAUAUUUUGCCGAUUAAAAUCCGCCAAUUUCUUAUUUAAUUCCAAUUUUAUUGAAUUUUUUAAUUUUAAUUCCUAAUUUUAAUUCAAAUUUUUAAGUUUAUCCCUAAAAAUGCCAAUAAUAGUCGAAACUCCAAAUCCCGACACAGGCCUACCCGAAUGGGUCAUCAUCGAGCUGCAAGGCGAUCUCGAAACUCGCAACAACGACUCAAUGGAGGGCGAAUUCAUCGGCGACUUGAUGUACUCCAAGUUCGGACAACCGAUUCUCAUCAUUGGGCAUCACAUUUUGCACGGAAAGGAGCAAAAAAUCGAAAAACCCUUCGCCGUACUCGAAAGAAUCCGCAAACCGCUGAAGACAACGGAACCAAACCCCAACGAAACUGUCGAAAGUCUCUUGAAUGCCACGGAACACAACGACAGCACGAUGCUGGAUUGCACAGUGGCCAUCGAGCACAAGACAAAAGUGCGAACGGGACUUUUUGUGCGAGCGAUUGUCAAGAAAAAGUUGAUUUUUAAAGCUCGUCCGAAGCCAAUUAUCGCAAAUGUGGCGAAAACUGUGUGAAUUUCACUUUUAUUACAUGUUGAUCAUUUUCUCUUUAUUAUUUUUUAUUUUUUUUA